CUAUAUCUAUAGAUAUAUAUAUUAUUUUUUUCCCUUCAUUGAACCGUGCUUUGUAUGAUGUCUGAGAAUGUCCAUUUCUGGGACUCUUAGCAAUUAUUAUGUCGACUCUAUUAUAAGUCAUGACAGCGAAGAUUCGCCUUCAGCUAAAUUUUCAACUGGGCAAUAUACAAGUUCCAGGCAAGCUGGACAUAAUGAGCAUCUAGAAUUCCCCUCUUGUAGUUUCCAGCCAAAACCUCCAGUUUUCAGCGCCUCCUGGACUCCUUUGAACCCACAUUCUUCUGGUACCCUUCCUUCGGUCUAUCAUCCAUAUAUUCAACAUCAAAGCGUCCCUUCUGAUAGCAGGUAUCUACGAAGCUGGCUGGAUCCAGUGCCCAGAACAGAGAACAUACCCGGGCAGGGAUCAGUUAAAUCAGAGCCUCUGCUGGGGCACCCCGGGGAAGUCCAUAAACCCGGAGCACAGGAGUACAAUUUAGAAACUUCUGCUGGAAGGGAGGCGAUCGUUUCCAAUCAAAGGCCCAGCUUCGAGGACAAUAAAGUUUGUGAAGGAAGCGAGGACAAAGACAGGCCAGAUCAAACCAACCCAGCGGCCAACUGGCUCCAUGCCCGCUCCUCCAGAAAAAAAAGAUGCCCUUACACCAAAUACCAGACCCUGGAGCUAGAGAAGGAGUUUUUGUUCAAUAUGUACCUCACCAGGGACCGUAGACACGAAGUGGCCAGACUCCUCAACCUGAGUGAAAGACAAGUCAAAAUCUGGUUUCAGAACCGAAGAAUGAAAAUGAAGAAAAUGAACAAGGAACAGGGCAAAGAAUAAGAUACAGAAGGCAAGAGCCAUGCUCUGUCUCACAGCUUACUCGAUAUUUAUGAGUGAUAGCUUCCGAACUAUGCUCAUGAUGAUAAAUAAAACAUGGGGUGUCUUUUUGGUUCCAACUUCGCAAGCUGGAAGUUUAUAAUUUUUUUUUCUUAUUGAUGCCAGUUAGAAAGCUACUUAUGUGAAGGUGCAAAUCCUGAUUUAGGACAUAUUCUGGGUUUCGUUUUUAGUCCUUGUUUUUUUGUUUUGUUUUGUUUUGUUUUCAUACAGUGUAGACAUAGCAGGUCCAUAGGCUGUGUUGCCAUCCGGAUAUGAUGCCUCUAUUUUUUAAAUGAAAGACAAACAAAAAAAAAAAUCCAACCACCACCACCACCACCACCUUGUCACAAAUAAACACAAUCCAUGCCCAUGACACAUCCCAUUGUCUUUCUGUAACUGCGUUAAGGAGAAUGAUUGUGUUUCUUAACCGAUCCCCACCACACACCCACAUACAUAAGUUGAAGUGGCAAAGAAACCAGACCAUUUACUAGACGACAGACAGAUUCUUAAGAUUUGAGUUUAAUUGCAUACAACAAAGCAUUUUCAAUUCACCAACUUUAUAGCAGUGUAUUCGGAUUAAUGACAGUCAAAUAUCCCACUGCGCCUCUGUUUUUGUUUAUUUUAUUUUAUUGUUUGAAUCGCUCUGUGGUGGAUCAGUGACGUUGACCAGAGAAUUUAGUAUAAUCUUAGAAAUAAUCCUCCCAACCUGGUAGUUUUAUACGGGAUAAUUUGAAAAGUCUAUCAGA